CUCACAACUUUCCUUUUUAAGCACUUGUUGAAAGUCAUCAAUAUCAUAUUCCUUAUUUCUUCAUUCCAAAACUCAGCUAUGGCUAUUUCCUCACUCAUCUCAGCAGCAGGAAGAAGGCUUGAGGGGAAGGUGGCAAUGAUCACAGGUGGUGCUAGCGGCAUUGGUGAGGCCACUGCAAGACUCUUCUCUAAACAUGGAGCACACGUAGUGAUAGCUGAUAUCCAAGAUCAUUUAGGUCUUUCCCUUAGCAAGGAGUUGGAAUCCGCUUCCUAUAUCCAUUGCGAUGUCACAAACGAAAACGACAUCGAGAACGCCGUCAACACGGUGGUUUCCAAACACGGCAAACUAGACACCAUGUUCAACAACGCCGGCAUAACCGGGGCGAACAAAACCAGCAUAUUGGACAACACGAAGUCCGAAUUUGAGGCAGUGAUCAACGUUAACCUGGUCGGUGUUUUUCUUGGAACAAAGCACGCUGCAAGGGUUAUGAUUCCUGCGCGAAGAGGAAGCAUAAUCAACACGGCUAGUGUUUGCGGAAGCAUAGGUGGCGUGGCUUCACACGCGUACACAAGUUCGAAACACGGCGUGGUGGGAUUGACGAGAAACAGUGCGGUGGAGCUUGGAGCAUUCGGUGUGAGGGUGAAUUGCGUGUCACCUUACGUGGUUGCCACGCCCUUGGCUAAGAACUUUUUUAAGCUUGACGACAAGGGGGUUCUCGGGGUCUACGCAAACCUAAAAAAUGCUGUUCUUGAACCCAACGAUGUGGCUGAAGCUGCUCUCUAUUUAGCUAGUGAUGAGUCCAAGUAUGUUAGUGGCCACAAUCUUGUGGUUGAUGGAGCCUUCACUGUUGUCAACAGUGGCUUUUGUGUCUUUGGACAAUCUUCAUGAAAAUUUGUUUGUGUGCCUUUCGAUGUGACUUGUUUUUUUUUUUCUAUUUUUUGGAAUAAUCGAACACGAGCUGUUGUUAGUGUUUU